AGUUAGAAGGCGUGGGAAGGGCGAACAGUACAAGUUGAGACGUAGGUUAGUUAAGAUCGUUUUGUAUGCUCCUUUGUAUUACUAUUAUUAAAAUAAGUGAGAAUUAUUUUAAUUUCGGCCACCCUAACAAAGCAGCGGAGGGAUAAGUGGAUAAAGUUAAAUCGAAGUGAAAAGUGUUAUUAAAAACAGAAAGUCGUUAAAAUGGAUCAAUACAUGUUCGUAUCGAACACAAACGAAGGCGAAGAGGUUACGUUGGACGCAACUGGUGAAUUUAAUCUUAACAUCCAGUGGGAAAGACGACUUUUGCAGCAGGAACCGCAGGAACCUGAUUUGUUGAUGAAGGAAAGAGAAUUACUUUAAAGAGAACGAAGAUUAGACAACGCAGACGGCGCUAGAACUUCGGUACAUUACCAUAACACAAUGCAGCAGGUUAUUUCGGAUUUUAAUCCAGGUAAAUCAAAUUCGUUGACAGCCCGGCAAUGGAUUAAAAGCGCGGAAAGUUUAGCAAUGAUUUUUAAGUGGGAUGAUCAAACGUUAUUGUAUAAUGCUAUAAUUAAAUUAAACGGCGCGGCGAAACUGUGGUUUGAAAGCGUUCAAAACGUGGUUUAUGAUUGGAAAACUUUUAAAAAACAACUAAUUGAUGAUUUUCCAACGGUAGUAGAUGAGGCCGACAUUCAUUUUGAUUUGUCUAAGCGCGUUAAACGUGGAGAUGAGACGUAUGAGCAUUAUGUUUAUAAUAUGAAAGCUAUCGCUAGCGCAGGUGAUUUUAGCGACAGGGCCGUACUUAAAUAUAUUAUCGCCGGAAUACAGGAUAAAGAGUUAAGUAAACUUUUAGCCAUUAGUUUACCGAUUGAUACUCAAGACCUGUUAUUAAAAAUAAAAAGUUAUGAAAGUACAAUAAAAACAAAUAGCGUUAAAAUGCCGUCCACAAGUAAUAAGGACUAUAAUAGAGCGUCAGGAAGUGCUGAUAACAGAAAAUGUUACAAUUGCAAUGAAAUUGGACACAUUUCGACUAAAUGUCCUAAACCUCAAAAUAGAAACCGAUGUUUUAGAUGUGAUAAAGUGGGCCACAUCGCCAAAAAUUGUAGAGAAACAAGUGCUAAAGGAGUUCAUCAAAUACAAAUUCACAAACCAUUGGGAGAUCUGAGGAAAAUAGUGGAGGUAAAUGGCGAACAAAUUGUAGCUUUUAUCGAUUUGGGGAGCGAGGUGGUGACAAUGAGAGAAAAAGACGCGAUCAGGUUACAUUUAGGCUACAUCUCAUGUGUGAUUUAUCUAAGAGGUUUUGGUGGAGGUGAAGGGAAGACGAUUGGAAAGACACGUUGUAUAGUUAAAAUUGAUGACGUAACGAUUGAAGUAGAAAUUUUCAUUGUCCCAGACGAAUGUCAGGACGACUCUAUAAUAAUUGGAAAUAGUGCAUUUGAAGAUCCAGAAAUACAGAUUAUUAAACAAGGGCACAGUUUGAAAGUACACCGAGUGUUGAAAGAAGAUCCUCUUUACAUCAAUAUGGUUAAAGGUCGUGAUGAAGAAAAUGAAAAUAAGGAAGAUGAAGAAAAUGAAAAUAAGGAAGGUGAAGAAAAUGAAAAUAAGGAAGAUGAAGAAAACAGAAAUGAGGAAGACGAAGAGAAAGGAGAUAGCGAGGAAGAAAAUGCUGAUGAAGGAGAUGAAGACGAACCAAUCCAAGACAACAAGAUGGAAGAAAAUGAAGAUUCUAACCAAUACGAAAUGCCUGAAGAUCUACGAGAAAACGAAAAACAAACUUUAAGAAAACUUAUUCAAGAUAAUGAGAGUUGCUUUGCAAGUUAUUUUGGUGAAAUAGGACUAAACAACAAACUGAGGAAGAAAAUAGAGAACAAAAUCAUCAAAGUUGUGAAGAAAUACAAGAAGAACGUCCUCAAGAACAAAGAAAACAGCAACAAGAAAAACAACGUCAACAACAACAAGAACGUCAACGUAAACAAGAAGAAGAAGAACGAUAUCAACGCGAAUAACAACAGUUGCAACAAGAACGGGAAAGAUUACAAGAAGAACGAGAAAAAUUGCAACAAGAAAGAGAAAAGCAACAACAAGAAACGCAACGACGAAAACAAGAAGAAGAAGAACAAUACGAACGUCAACAAAGACGAAAAGAUGCAGAAGAUUCAAAAAGACAUAAGCGACAAGAAAUAUAAACAACCACGAAGAUAUCAAGAAGGCGAUCUAGUACUGAUAAAACGCGAAGCUUCAGCUACAGGGCAACCACGAAAGAUGAUGCCACUCUACAAAGGACCCUACCUAGUUAAUGAAGUGCUAGGAAAUGACCGAUACCAUUUGGUGGAUGUACCCGGUGCGCAACGUACUCAAAGGAAGUUCAACUCAAUAUUUGCAGCAGACCUGAUGAAACCUUGGUGUCAACUUCCGGAGGACUUUGAAGAGCGAAUCGAGGACGAUUCAAACAGUAGCGAGGCCGAAUGUAGUGUUAUCUAUUAGUAAAAUAAUAAAAUGUAAAAAAAGAAAUCAAUAGUAGCGAUAUAACGGGCGCGAGAGGGUUAUGUUAUGAGAGGUUAUGUUGAGUUGUGAAGUGGUGAAAUAAAGCGAUUAAACUGU